AUCCGAAGCAUGUCCGCGAGCCUCUCACGGGAGAAAGCGCGGGGGAAAGUGAGUGCUACGCCGUACGAGAGAUUCCUCGGGUGUAUUUGUCGGGGCAAAUGGAGCCGUUGCGGGAGGUGUUCCAUCCCGACGACGGACGUUUUCGGGAGUUUCGGGACCGCCUCAUCAAAUUGGCCCUGGUGGUCAAACUACAUGGAGGGGAGAGGGGGGCGGGCAUGGACAGGAGGGUGAGCGUGAUAGAUCUGGUGAGAUUGUUCGACGGUUUGGCGGAUUAUUUGCCCGACGCAGGCCCAGGGCGGGACAAGGAGCGAGAGAAGGCUGUGUUGGUCUUGAACCAACUCAAACAGGUGGCGCAUGAACUCCAAGGGAAGCACACGGAGAACCAUUGGUCGCUGAAUAACGACGUGGUGGUGGAGGACGUGCUCAGGGAGAUUUCCCCAGAGGAGGUCUGCAUCUUUGAAAGUAUGUGCAGCGGCGUGCGACGCUUGCUCUCGGAAGGGAUCUCCAUCGUGGGCAGGGUGACAUCCUUCGCCCCUGCUAGAAUCGAGCCCAUCUUGGCGAGGAACCUGCAGUGCUUGUUGCAAGAUCGACAGGCGCGGGCGGAGAAAGCCCGGCGGUCCGCCGAACUUCUGAAGGGGGGGGAACGGGGUUUGGAGGCAGAGGAAGUCGCUAAUAUGUUGCAGGUCCUGUACGAAGAAGUCCGACAGUUGAUUGCGGUGGGUGCAUAUCUGUUGGAUGAGUUGUACCUGGCCCCCUGGAGCUUGACCCACUUCUACCAUGCCAUCACGAAUGAGAAGGCCUAUGGAGGCAUUUUCAAAUUGACGGGCUUGGGCGAUCCAUCGGGCAUUGGCGAAGGCUUUUCCUUCCUUCCCCGGCACCAACGGGAAGCGGGGCGGUCCUUCAAGGAAGUGCUCCCUACGCUCGAUCCGGCCUUGCAGGAGAUCAUCGGAGAGACCCCGCCAGUCCGCAUGGGGGUGGCGAUGAUGAAUAAAAUUUUGACACAUGUAUGGAGCGUGCCGCAUUUACGGCGAAUCGCCCAGCACCGCUUGUCCACGGCCGGGUACGGGGCGGAGUUCGAGGAAGUGAUGCAGCUCACCCGAGUGCCCAAAAAGGUCCGUGUGCAAGUAGUCUUGGAUGUGGACGCGGGCGAGGGGGCGGGGGGGGUCCGGGCG